ACAGAUUCAACAGUAUGUUGCUUAUGCAAAUGAUUGGUUGUACUGUACAACUUUGUGUACAAUCGUAUCAAGCAAUUUCGGCCCUUGUUGACGAUGACCAAGGAUUAUUAAUAGUCCGAUUAUUCUUUUUUGCGGUAUAUACAACGUACGUUAUGCUUCACAUUUAUUUAUAUUGUUAUGUUGGUCAGAAACUUUUUACUGAGGGUACGGAAAUGGCUUAUGCUGCGUAUAAUUGCAAUUGGUAUAAUUUAUCACCAAACGAUGCUAAAUGUUUAACAAUAAUAAUGUCACGUGCACAAAUAUCAUCACGUAUUACUGCAGGAAAAUUUUGUUCUUUCAAUCAUGUACUUUUUAGCAAUAUUUUGAAAACAUCCAUGGGUUACUUGUCCGUUCUGUAUGCAAUGAAAACUAAAGAUAUGGAAUCUCAACAUGCUAAAGUAUCCUACGUGGAUUAUAUUUGUGGCUGGAAUCGUUAUUCUAUGAAGAUAUUGGGAAUUUGGCCGAAUGAAAGAAAAAUCAAUGAAACAUCGAGUUACUUGGUCCUACUACCACUUAGCAUGAUGUUAUUAUUCAUCAACAUACCACAAACAAUAAAUCUCUACUUCAUAUGGGGUGAUAUCGAUCUGAUUAUCGAAAACUUAUCGAUAGGAAACAUGACCGUGUUUAUUGCGAUCUUGAAGACGAUUAUCUUUUGGUUCAGUGGAGGAUCUAUUAGAAUUCUUCUAACGAACAUGGAAAAGGAUCGAAAAGAAACUAAUGCCAAAAAUGAAGUUAGAAGAAUGAUGAAGAUUGCGAAUAUUUGCAGAAGGAUAUCAAUCGUUUGUACUUUAACAUAUUACAUGGUCAUUAUUCUUUUUAUUAUUUUACAUUUAUUAUUGAUACGUUAUAUCGGACGUAUUCUUAUAAUACGUUCAUAUUUUCCAUACAACAUACAAUCAACACCGAAUUACGAGUUAACCAUUUUUGCUCAAAUAUUGGCUGCAUGCUGCACAGGCGGUGUUUAUACAUCGGUAGACACUUUUGUGGCUACAUUGGUGUUUCAUUUGUGUGGACAAUUGAACAAUUUGAAACAUAGUUUGAGAGAUUUGUAUUCUAACGAUUGCAAUGAAAUUAAAUUGAAAAUUGCUAAGAUCGUUAAGAAACACAAUUCUUUGAAUAGAUUUACCAAAACAAUCGAACAAAAAUUCAAUGGCAUGUUACUGUUACAAAUGCUCGGCUGUUCGUUGCAACUUUGUGCUACGUGUUUUCAAAUACUUAUGGCUCUUGCAGGAAAAAAUGGAGUUAUCUUAGUUCAAACAACUUUCUUAUCAGCAUAUUUAAUAUAUAUAUUACUUCAAAUCUACCUGUACUGUUAUAUCGGUGAGAAACUUAUUUCAGAGAGUAUUGGAAUUUUUGAUGCUGCCUACGAAUGCAAAUGGUAUACUUUACCACCUAAUGAAAUUAAAUCAUUAAUAAUAAUCAUGAUUAGAGCCAAAGUACCACUACACAUAACUGCAGGAAAAUUUUGUUCAUUCAGAUAUCAACUAUUCUGCAAUAUUUUGAGAACGUCGAUGAGUUACUUAUCAGUACUUCAUGCAAUGAAUAUAGUAAAUACCAAAUAAAAUAUGCAAGUAUAUUAAAA